UAUUUUCUUUUUUUUAGUUAAUUUUGAAAGAAAAAUGACUACAGAUCCAUUUAAAUGGGAAGAGGCUUAUACUGACGAUAUUUGUAUACAAUCUGCACUUCAAGAAGAUGAAAAUGGUUCCAUGGAAAAUGCAAUUCGACGAAUCAUUUCUGAAGAAAAGAGACUUAGAAGAAAUGAAGGAAGACCGACUAGAAUACGUCUUGGAAUGAUGAGACAUGUCUUUGUUGGUAUUGAUCUUUCAACAUCGAUCCUUUCAAAAGAUGUUGAACCUAGUAGAUUACGAGUUGUGAGGGAAUGUCUAUUAAAUUUUGUAAAUAAAUUUUUUGAGCUCAAUCCUCUGUCUGCUAUGGGUCUAAUAAUUGGACGUGACAAGAAAGGCGAUUGCUCUUGUGGAUUUUCAAGUAUUUUAAAUAUUUUUUUUAAUUUAUCAGUGAGGGAAUUGAUUUUUGACUCUUUGACUGAAUAA